AUCCUAUUCCUAGCUCCCCAAAAGUCCAGAUCCGCGAAGCAAAAAGGGGCCGCGCGCGACACGUGUGACGUGUCGGCACUGAGUUUUGGUUUGUAGUAUAAAUAUGGGAGAGGGAGUGGGUUUGAGUGUGAAGGUAUCGUUGGGUGUAAUCGGUGUGAGUCUGAUAUUUGCAGUGUUGAAAAUGUCGCAGUUGUUAGACAAAGCCAAAAACUAUGUUUCUGAGAAAGUUGCCAACAUGCCCAAGCCUGAGGCGACUGUCACCGACGUCGAUUUCAAGCGCGUCAGCCGCGAGUGCGUCGAGUAUUUGGCUAAGGUCUCCGUUUCAAACCCUUAUUCCACUCCCAUUCCUAUCUGUGAGAUCAAGUAUUCACUCAAGAGUGCUGGCAGGGAGGUUGCAUCAGGAACAAUCCCAGACCCAGGGUCAUUGAAGGCAAGUGACACAACAAUGUUAGAUGUGCCAGUGAAGGUGCCUCAUAGCGUAUUGCUAAGCUUGGCAAAGGACAUUGGUGCCGAUUGGGACAUUGAUUAUCAAUUGGAUCUUGGCUUAAUUAUUGACCUUCCUGUCAUUGGCAACUUCACCAUUCCUCUUUCUCAAAAGGGAGAGAUCAAGCUCCCUACCAUUUCUGAUAUGUUUGCCUAACUUUACCACAAAACCCUUGGAACAAACAAAAUAAAAAGUACACCCUUAUCUCUUUUCUUUAUCAUUUCGCUUCACUUUUUUUUUUCCAAUUUGGUUGUACCCUUUCUGUUCUUAGUAUAUAUGGAUGCUGUCAAGUAUAAACUACACGUGACUAUAGUGUUUUACAUCACAACUUUGAAAGGAAGUUUUUUUGAAAGCUUGGGUUCGUAAGUGUUACAACUCUAUGCCAAAACAAUUCAAUGUUAAGGGCUAAUUCGAUUGACCCCUAUUACCCAUUACCCUUUCUAGUUUGGUAAACAUACCUCAUUUACGAAUGUUGUUCACAAGGCAAAACUGAGUGUGAUUUGGACGAGUAAAACUAAUGUGUUGGUUUAUGUUUCAAAACAUUAUUCUUGGUU